AUGGAGAAGUGCACAGAAUCACCACCUACUGUACAGGUAGAGGGUUCCUUUCUAGGUGGAGACAAUCUGACCUUGCAGCCACAAAUGCAGGAUCUUACUAAGGAUAACACUGCUUUGAGAAGGCAAGGCAUGCCUGUCCUGAACACUCCUAUGAUGCCUGUGUCCUAUGUACUUGAGCAUCUCCCCAGGCUACAUGGUGACCCUUCUAGUCUCUCAGGUUUUCUUGCUCAGGUGACUACUUACAUGACAGCUCUCAAGAUCUCAAAUCCUGCAGAUGAUGCUCAGGUCAAGCACUUUUUUGAAUACCUUUCUCAGCAGAUGCAAAAGCAUGGGGUCAUAUCUGAAUCCAAUCAGAAUAUUCUACUGGAGCAAUGUGAGAACUUUGUUCUUGAAUUCCAGCAGUCAUUUGGUGAGCCCAUGCAACAAGAAAUAAACCCUCUGAUGAAUGUUAAGGUCAACAAAGGAGACAAGAUCUCUCAUCAGGAUGCUAAGCCUUCCCAGAUCCUUGCUCAAAAUCUGAGCUAUAAUGAAACUAAUCAGAAUGAUUCAUUGCAAGAGGGACUGAAUGACCCAAUCCAGGAUGAAGAGAUCACAGAUAUAAUGGGCAACCUACCAGAUUUAAUCACUCAGUGCAUUCAACUGGACAAGAAACUGAGUAACAGGCCAGAACUCCUACAAUCAGAAACCCAUGUCCCAACAUUUGCUUCCUUGAUUCACCACCAAUCCAUCAUUCCUGUACCUGCUGCUCCACCAUCCAAGGAAGAAUCCACACAAGUUCGAGGAGCUCAGCUGCCUCUAACCCCAGCCAAAAGGGUCCGUCAGCAAGAAACUCAGUUAUGUCUCUACUGUAGCCAGGCUGAUCACUUCACAAGAGAUUGCCUUGCCAAACGUUCUCGAACACCAUCAAAGACAAAAUACACAACUCACCAGUAAGAAGAGUUCAGAAAGCCAUUUUGUAAACUCAUGUUCC